CUUGCCAAGGCAAGACGGUCGCCAUCUGAACGCUGACUGGGUGGCAGUGUCUUCGCGGUGGCGCUCACUAAGAGACGGGACAAGCCGAGACGAGACCCGCUAAGAAGCUAUAGGGAGCGCCGCUGGCAACGAGUGGUCUUACUCGACUAUACACGCAUAGGGUCGCUGAAGGAAGAACGGACAGUGGCAGUACUCGAGUCGUGAUGAGCCACAACUGCCGCUGCUGCUGCUGCUGCUUCAGCUGUUGAAGCUCCCAUCUGUGCUUUCGUUGAAAGUGAAGUCGAAAUGUCGGGUGUUGAUCGAAUCUCAGUGUCAACAGAGUGCCGCUGUUAAUGAAGUAUCAGAAAAGGAAGACGAGGAAAAUAAAUAAACAGGCCUAAAGAGGAAAAACCGGUGAAGAUGUUGACCAGUCCGUGAUACGGUAGUAGGCCGUGCGUGUGUCUGGACAUCGAGGUUCAUCAGCAGUGCAGGAGCAACAACAACGACGACAGCAACAACAGAAACAAUAACAGCAGUAAAAUCAAUGACAAGUUUCUUAAUUGCACAACAGCUUAACUUGACUCAACUCAGCAACUUAGUUGAUCAUAAAUGUGUAGGUUAACUUCUUGUUUCUCGAACCGAAAGCUAAAGGAGUGAGUGGAACGAACCGGAAAUAAUAGCACGUAACUUCAAACCACACACACACACACACAUACAUACAUACAGAGACAGUUCCCGGUUUUCAUCCCUCUGUUAAGUUCUGAUUCUUCAUAAAUUGUGUAGUGCCCUAUGCCUCAAACCUACCUAAGGUAAUGCCAGUUGUAGGCGGAUGCCGGCGUUGCCCGUACCGCCGAAAUCGCGCAAGUAUAGGACCCUUAUUUAGCACACUAACACGGAACGCAGCAUCUUAUCAUCUUGAGAUCGACCAAUAUCAUCUCCAUUUCGCCCAGUCCGGCUAGUGACGUUACAACGAUAACCUACUCCUGCUCGAUUUGUUUUCUAGCUGUCGAUGUUCAUGUUAUCGAGGCACCAAGCGAUCAGCGUGUGUAUAGAUGUGGAUCUUGAUCGUUUCGACAAUUUAAUAUCAAGCACAUGUUGAAGUGUUUGCAACGAGAGUGUGUGAGCGGAACAAGGAAAAUUGACGGUUAGCUAAUUAGCUGACUGGCAAAAAAAGCAAACAAUCAUUUUGAUAAAUAUUGUGAAUUUCCGUGAGUGCGUGUUUUCGUUGUUACGUAAAGCUGAAACAGGAGAAAUUGUGUGCAUCCUAAUUCUGAACCGAGACGUUCACCGCAGACAACAGCCAACAGAUACGGCAAGGGAAUCUGACUGUCCCUGGCUUCGUUGUCAUAGGUUAACUUCGUGUUGUUUCUUCUUUCCCAACUCCCCACCGCCCGUCAUAGUGAAGACGUUAAUGCAAAGACAAAGCAAUGACGUGCGCGAACGAGUGUCGAAGCCCUCGCGUUCAUCGUCACCUAUACACGCCCUGACAAGUAUUGUAUGUAAACGUGCUAUAGCCAGUACGGACAAUAACCACAACAACAAAGACAGGGGACGACGACGACGACGACGACAAUAACAAUAACAGCAGCAGCAAUAUAAACACAACGAAAUCGGGGACCCCCGUCACGAAUUUUCUUGGGUAUAUCACGGAGAGUGAGAAACGAUACACGAUCAGAAGUAUCAAUUCUAUAUAACAAGUACCAUAUGUACUGAAGCAGUCACCGACGUAUUAGAAACUGAGAAAUUGGUAAAAGGAGACAGCGCUGGAAGGAACGCCGCGAGUGUAGCGUGUGUUAGUGCUUUUCUGUGAUGUUCCAAAUCUCCUUCGCGCAUGGAUAUUGUGCUCUGGAUCCGGAGCGCGAAACAGAUCGACGGCGAUCGUGUUUUUUUUGACACUUUCGAAAACCUCUUUACAUUACAACGUAGUUGAACAGCGUCGGCAACGACGUCGUCAACAAAACACCCGUAGGCGGCCGUUCGUCAGCAUUCGGCCGCAACACUUACUGGUUUGCAGUUGUUUGCUGUUUUAGGUGCAGUAAUGGCGGAAUGCCUGAGCGCACCGGCCGCGAUGCAGCUACCGCGAGCCACUCCACUUGAUCCGGCUACCCCGGACAUCAAGAAAGAGCAGGAACUGGACGAACUCACGUUAGAAGACAAGAUGGUCAUGUUGCAGGAGGGCGCCGGCGGAAAAGAUAGCGCCACAUUGCUUCGUGACAUUCUCCAAAAAGAAAAACAGUUGGGGGGCCAGCAGCAUAAUAACAAUAACGCUGGUGAACACACUGAGGACAGUGGAACAGAGAACAAACCUCCGACACCCCUGCAAAGCCCCCCGUCUUCAAAUCAGAGCGAUGUCGCUGGCGAGGAGGAGGAAGAUGAGGAAGACGAAGACGAACGGGAAAUUCGCGAAGCCCGCGAAAGUAUCGAAAUGAACGAGAGUCACAGCGAAAAGGAUGAUUUACCCGCCGAGCUGAAAGCCGUAUCCGGACCCCUGAGUCCGACACCGGAAGGGCUCACAGGGGGCGGAGGUGUUGGGGGCUCUGCACCUGCUGGAAGCAUCAGUGCGAACGGUGGUGCUCCAACCAACAUCAACGUGAACGGCUGCAAGAAACGGAAGCUCUACCAGCCGUCGCGACAGACCGCGGUCGAAAAUGGCGGUGGCGGCGAAUCGCUAGUGAUUAAUGACGAUAACGAUGAGGAGGGGCUUGAUGAUGAUGUGGUGCCGGUGAAACGAUCCGAGGAUCGCGAAUCGCUCCGGGCGCGACUCCGCGAACAGUACGAACAACUGAACGGUGACGGGGCGCAUCUCGGCGGUGGCUCAGCGGGUCUUGAACGCAACGCCGAUCUCGAGCGGCUUGUCGCGGUGCUCAAGAGCGAGAUUACGCACACGUUGACGCAGGUGAUCGACAAUAUCGUCUCGCGAUUCGUGCCCCGUCUAACGCACCCCGACCAUUCACUUCUCCCGCCUGACAUCGUCAGUAACAAUAGCAGCAGUGGCAAAUUGGAGCUACGCGCAGGAUCUACCAGCAACCACCACCAUCUGGCGACUGGAGCAACCUCAGGAGUUCCCCAUCAUCAUCAGCAUCAUACCUUGUCCUCGCAGCAGGCAACGCUUCAGUCGCUGUCGCGGCACGAUCUGCAGUCGUCGCUUCGGGACCGAACGUCCUCACCCCCGUCGACGAUUUCGGCGGCAGCGGCCGCGUCUCUCGGCUUGCGGGGUCCCAACCCUCCGUCGACCUUCGACCUUUCGCGGCCCGAAUCGUUCCUAGCGCUGACUAGCGGCUCCGCUAGUGCACUGGUCAGUCAGCGCGACCUGUUCGCCCAAAUGUUGGACCGUAAGGCUAAGAGUAAGGUGAUCGACAGAGGAGGUAGGACACCCCGCAACGAGCUGCAGAACAUUACCGCGUCGUCGAAGCCGAUGUUCGCCAACGUCCUCGCCAGCGUCAAGACAUCGACCCCGAACGUGUCGCCAGGCUCAGCAGUGGUAGCGACAUCGUUGCCGUCCCUCAAAAGGAGUGAUACCCCACCGUACGGCGACGGAGAUCAAUCACCCCCACCGGCAAGCGGGGGCACAGGCAGCAGCGGUGGCGCCGAGCAGACCGAGGCCAUGUCCCUCGUCGUCACACCCGGAAAGAAGAAGAGGCACAAGGUCACGGAUACGAGACUCGCGCCCCGCCGCUCCGACUCACCGAAGGGGUUCAGUUUGGGCGGGAGUGGAGGAGGCAGUGGUGCUGGGGGUGAUUCGCCCGCAAGCUCCCUGCUGCCCGCUAGCCUGUCCGCAAUGUCCGCAGCGUAUCCACCACCUCUUAUCCCGGUCUCGCUACCCACCAGCGUCGCUAUCCCCAAUCCGUCCCUACACCACGAACUCUUCCUGUCCCAGCUCGAGCAUCAGCAAAGGCUGUCAGCGCCAUUUUCGUCGGCAUCGGCGGCUACCGGGGGUAACCAUCCAGCGGAGGCGUCGUCCGCAGGGUCAGAGUUGCGAGCGACACCUGAGCCACGCGCCACUCCCACAACCCCCGCCGUUGUUCAACCUCCAACCACCCCUAACCUGCCUCCGGCAGGGCAGUGUGCGACAGCUUCGUCACAGCGGUCGGUAUCCCAGUUGACUGCGGCGUCAUCACCUGCCGACGCGUUCGGCUUGUAUCUACAGCGUGCCGGACUUAACAAGUCACACCAGGACACCCCGUCUGUGUCGGACCGCGAUACGCUGUCGGAGGGAGCCAAUGAGCCGGCAAGCACGACGGCCGCUCAACUACCCACCCCGUACGAUGUGAUGAAUAUCUUCAAGUACUUCAACAGUACAGCUACAACCAGUGCGCUAAGCGCAUUAGGAGGAAAUAGUGGACCGUUCUGUCCACGAACAACAACCCCCGGAGGCGGCAGUCAUGAGGGGAGUGCUACUCCAGCGUCGGAGACAUCUUCAUACAGUAAAAAUGGAAGCCUUGGAGGGUCAGGGUACACGUCGACAUUGACACCCAUGCAUCUCCGAAAGGCUAAACUUAUGUUCUUUUAUGUCAGGUACCCCAGCUCCGCUAUCCUUAAAAUGUAUUUCCCCGACAUCAAUUUCAACAAGAACAACACUGCCCAGCUCGUUAAGUGGUUCUCCAACUUUAGGGAAUUUUACUACAUUCAAAUGGAGAAGUACGCCCGGCAGGCGAUCAGCGAAGGCGUUCGUAACGCCGAGGACAUUCGAGUUUCUCACGACUCGGAACUUCUUCGUGUACUCAACCUCCAUUACAACCGGAACAAUCACAUCGACGUUCCAGAAAACUUCCGCUUUGUGGUGGAGCAGACCCUCCGUGAAUUUUUUAAGUCGAUUCUCGCUGGGAAGGACCAGGAACAGUCUUGGAAAAAGGCUAUCUACAAAAUCAUUGCCAGGCUGGACGACAACGUGCCCGAGUAUUUCAAAUCGCCCAACUUUCUCGAGCAGCUCGAAUAAAAACUCUCAGUUACAGACUUGCAUAGAUAUAUCGUACGUACGAAAUAGGCGACAACAGAUAGACGGAACUAGAAGGAAAGACACAAUUCAGACCAAUCGAUCAUUCAAUCUCGAACCCUCGCAGACCUCAACGACCUCAGCAACUGCCCGAACAUCAGGGACCGCCGACAUCAGCAUUAAGAAAACUGCCGACAAAACUCUAUAUAAGCAGCAACAUUCAAACGUAGCGCUACUAUCCACUAAUAAGCAUUAUAAUGAUAGUAAUUAUAAUUCUUCAAAUAACAAUGAGAUUGUUACCAUGCCAGGUUGGUCAACCGAAAUCACAGCAGGCUUUCAUUGAACGUAUCAGAGCUAAUAACCAGAAAGCGUCUUUCUCUUAUGUGACAACGGCAACAAGGAUAAGAGCUACUCCACCACAGAGACAAAUCGAAUUGAAGCUAUGUGCGAUAAACGAGCCAGCCAUAUCAAUCAAUUGAUUAAUCAGCACUAUGAUAAUGAUUUGCAUCGAGCCAAAGCAAUCAAAUAGCUAGGGUACAGCCGGAAUAAACAAGUUGGACUGCCCCCCACUCAGCCUACUGUGACUGGGUGGCUAUGCAGCCCCCCUCCAAACGGCCAAUGCAGUAAAAUUUUGCUAAUACGAGCCUCGACCAACGACCAUCGAGCAACUGAUCAACAUCAUCAUCACAUCGAGGACCCAGUAGUAGCUAUAAUAGGAACAGAGGAAAAGUGCAGGAAAUGCAGUAAGCAAAGACCCACCGAAACAGCACACAGCGCUGUGGUGUACUGCGCAACGACGAGAUGUAUCGUAUUGACAACCUCUACAGAAUUAAUGUCGACAACUAACGGGAAAGAAAACGCCGAACGUUCCAAUCCGAGCUUUAGCUCAUUGCGGAAGCAGGUUACUUUGGCGGAGUCAAAAGAAGUGCUUGCCUUCGUCACGCCCUUCGCAAUAGACGAAGGAACAGGAACUACGAUCAUGGUCAGACAAAUAACUACAGAAUGUAUAUACGGGCAAAGCAGCAGCAGCAGCAGCAGCAGCAGCAGUGUGGUAGACGAUGUAAUUAAUAAGGACAGUUUACGAAUAUGGUGCAGAUCGACGUGAUUAGGACGGUUAGAAGACCGUUUUUGUGGCAGGGGGAAGGGAGGGAUGGGGAAAGGCAAGCGCCAAUAAGAAAAACGUAGCGGAGCCACCGUGCAUUACGAUAUGCGCGGCUUGAUUGCCAAGGCAAAGCGUGAAAACAAAGUGGAUCAGAGAAGAGGAUAACAGAUAGAUGAUAUCAACAAUCAUUGACUACGAUCUCGAGAUGCAGCAAUUGCCUACAACGUCGAUUUAAAUGAUGAGAGAUGCAUGGAAAAAGAUAUCCUCAACGCUGUCUGGCUAAGGCGGACAACAUUUUCAGGAAGCCGAAAAACCGGAAUAAAAACAAAUAUAAUAAAAAAGAAGCGUGGAGAAGCGCAUUCUAAGACCGUGCUAGCUCUUACCAGCGAGGGCGCCGAAGACAUCGCGCCACGACUUAAGUUUCUAUGACGAACAAAAAAAACAGACGAAGAUCUUUAGACAAAAAGAGUAAUUACAGCUAAUAAGGAAUAGACAUAUCCGUAAUAAAAGGAACGACUAAAACAACAAACCAACAAUGAAGAACAGCAGUGGAAAAAGAGCGCAAAGGGAACAUUUUUCCCGUUCGGCACAAAACCAAAAAAUGGCUAAAUAGUUUGUUUACCUUUUAAUGUUGCUUUUCAUCAAAAAGAAAGUUCAUAAAAGAGGUAAACCACUAAUUCUCAUUUAAAAAAAUCGAAAAGCUCAGUUUCGUCCAGCAGGCUACCUGCUCAGUCCCUAACAACGUCGCAGUUAGCCCUCGCAAGAGAAGAUUUGCUUUCCACAUCGGAGCUAAUUGUGAUAACGUUCCUUACAACAGUAUGAGCCGAGGUCGUAGAAGGCCUCAAAAACAACGCUUCGAAUGAAUAAGCCUUUCGUAGAGUCUCCGUCGCGUCGUGUAUCCUUAAAGCCGCAAAUAUUAUUCGUAAUUGACCCGUUUCGACGGGAUAUCGUCCGUGAUUAGAAAUAUCGAGAACUCUCGGGGGCUUCAUACGUGUUCUCGAUUCCUUCGUGAGCCUUUCGUAAACUUUGUAGGCUCGAUCCGUCAUUUUCUUAUUUUUUCGUUUUCUGAGAUAUUUAGGCGCUGAGUGUCUCGUGUGCCUUUGCCUUUCAUUGUUUUUUAAUAGCUCUAUAUAUAUAUAUAU